AUGUCUUUCUGGGAGAUUCCGGGCAUGAAGGCUGGCGUACUCACCGGUGAUUUGGCCUGGUCGCUGGUGGAGCAUGCGAAGAAGUACGGGUAUGCCCUCGCAGCGGUCACCUGCACAAGUACGAGCGCGAUCGACUCCGUCCUUGCGGCCGCGAGGGAGCUCAACCGGCCUGCCGUUGUUCAGUUCUCCGAGGGCGGUUCUGCCUUCAUCGCUGGAAAGUCGCUGCCCAACGAACAGGGUGUGAACCAGGCCUCCAUUCUCGGCGCUGUGGCUGGCGCGCAUUUUGUCCGCGCUGUGGCGCCCGCAUAUGGUAUUCCCGUGCUGAUCAACACUGGAUAUUGCGGAAAGCAGCUGCUCCCUUGGUUUGACGGCAUGCUCGAAUCUGACGAGGCAUACUUCAAGCAGUAUGGAGAGACGCUCUUUUCCAUGCACACGCUUGACUUCUCCCAGGAGCCGGAUGCCGACAACAUCGAGCUCUGCAAGACGUAUUUCAAACGCAUGUCGUCCGUGAACCAGAUUCUGGAGAUGGGGAUUGGCAUCACCAAUGGCAGCAGCAUCUUCAAGGUGUACCAGGGCCUGAGUCCCAUCUCAGAGAAGUUCACCAUCGCAGCAGCUUGCAAGGCCGGAAGUGUCGUGAAGCCGGAGCUGUUGAAGGACAUGCAGGCGCAUGCCCGCGAGCAAAUCAAGGCAGCAACCGGCAAAGACAUCCAGAAGCCGCUUAGCUUCGUAGUGGGGUCGGGCUUCGAGAAGGACAAAAUCCCAGGAGCCCUUGCUGCCGGUGUCGUGAAGAUGAACGUUGAUAUCAACGCCCAGGGCGCAUGCUGGGAAGGCUUCCAGAAGUUCUACAAGGCCCAGGAAGGCAGCCCACAGGCCGAGGACAAGCCGCUGAAGUACUAUGGCCGAAUUUCACUCCCGCCCAACUUGCCCGCGGAUGUCUUGGCCGAGCUGAAGGAGACUGCCACGAAGCUUUGCGCACCAGGCAAGGGCUUCUUGGCCGCCGACGAGUCAGCCGGACCAUGGCUCCGUGCCGGCCAUGCAGAGGCGGCGAAGAUCCCGGACGUGAUUGAGAACAGGGCCGCCUACCGAUCCAUGUGCUUCUCCACACCUGGGCUCAGCGAGCACAUCAGUGGCGUCAUCCUCCACUGGGAGACCCUCUUCCAGGACGAUGCCGAUGGCAAGUCGAUGGUGGACAUCAUCACCGGCAACGGCAUGAUCCCCGGCAUCAAGGUGGACAAGGCUUACGACAAGAAGGGUAUGUGGGGCACGGAGGUUGGACCUUUGGGACAUCCAGAAGUGUCGACCAAAGGCUUGGACGACCUUCAAGAGCGUUGUGCGCAGGCCUACAAGAAGGGGGCCCGCUUCGCCAAAUGGCGCAAUGUUCUCCAGCUCGAUCCCAAGAAGAGCCUGCCCAGCAACCUGGCCAUCAUGGAUACCGUUCACACAUUGGCCCGCUACGCGUCCAUUUGCCAGAGCGAGCGCUUGGUGCCCAUCGUGGAGCCCGAGAUCGUGCCCAACGGAGACCACGACAUCGAGUACUGCCGCAAAAUGACGGAGAUCGUCUUGGCGGCCCAGUUCAAAGCUUUGGCCGACCACCGCGUCUACUUGGAGGGCGCCGUGUUGAAGCCGAACAUGGUCAAGAACGGUCUGAAGGGGCCUAAGGCAGACGCCGAGACCAUUGCAAAGCUCACAGUGCAGACGCUCUUGCGCACGGUGCCGGUGGCCAUGCCCGGCAUUUUCUUCCUUUCCGGGGAGACGGCGCUCAACGAGGACAAUGAGGAGGAGGCCACUGUCAAUCUCAGCACCAUGCACAAGCUCCACCCGAACCUUCCCUGGCAUCUCUCCUUCUCCUACGGCAAGGCAUUGCAGAAGACGGCCAUCGUCACUUGGUUGGGCAAGCCGGAGAACAAGGCGGCGGCGCAGAAAGCACUCAAGGCCCGUUCGAAUGCAAACAUGGAUGCCGUCUUCGGGAAGUAUGUGAAAGGAAGUUGCCCGAGCGUGGGCACGGAUGGUAACGUGUUGCAGGCAGCCGGGCCAUAUUAA